AUGAAUUCAGAAGAUAAUGAAACUAUUAAAACCCUGUUUCAACACCAACAUGGAUAUGUCAUUUCAAAGGUUAUGUUUACUGCCUCUGAGCUGGGAAUAUUUGAUCUACUUCUGGAGUCAGAAGAACCCCUGACCGCACCAACUAUUGCUGAGCACUUGGGCACUAGCCUCGGGGGAAUGGAAAGAUUGCUGGGAGCCUGUGUGAGCUUAAAGCUCCUGAAAAUGGAGAGAAAAGACAACACAGGUCUUUAUGAAAACACAAACCUUGCGAACCUAUGCCUUGCUAAAGCGAGCCCCAAGUCUCAGUACAACUAUAUGAAACUAUAUUCUGAAGCCUUCUAUCCACUUUUCCAAGACUUGCCUGAUGUUGUGAGGAAAGGACAAAGACUUUGCAAACCAUCUAAAACUGUCUAUGAGAGUUUAUACAGAUCUGAAGAAAACCAGCAAAUAUUCAACAGUGCCAUGGAUGAAGUCUGGAGACUUCAUGGUAGGGAUGUGAUAUCUGCAUUUGAUUUUUCUCGUUUUCCAGUUAUUUAUGAUCUGGGAGGAGGUAAUGGUGCCUUAGCCAAGGAAUGUAUUUCAUUAUAUCCGAACUCUACAAUAACAAUAUUUGACUUACCUGAAGUAGUGGAAAAGGCAAAGAAGCAUUUUGUGUGUUCAGAAGACCGUAUUAUUUUCCAGGAAGGGAAUUUCUUCAAGGAUCCAGUUCCUGAAGCAGACCUGUAUAUUUUGUCUAGGGUCCUAUGUGACUGGGAUGAUGAAAAGUGUGUGCAAUUGCUAACCAAACUGCAUAAAACCUGCAAACCUGGUGGUGGCGUAUUACUAGUUCAGAUGGUUCUGGAUGAAGAUAGAUGUGGGCCCCUGCAAGUCCAUCUUUUGUCCAUAAUCAUGCUGCUCCUCACUGAUGGGAAGGAACGGACCCUAUCUGAAUGUAGUGCACUCUUCAGUAAAUCUGGUUUCAAGGAUGUUGAAUUCAAGAAAGGAAGCCGCUAUGAUGUAGUAUUUGGAAGAAAAUGA